CGGGGCGAGGCUCCGCCAGGGAAGGGAGGGGGAGCCGUGGAAUGGCGGACGGGCGGGCCGGGCCGCCCUGGUGGUAGCGAGCCCGGGAGCCUCGAGAGGACAGCCGCGGACAGGAACAGUGCCUGAAGCAGGUCCACCAUGCCGUUAGUAACGAGGAACAUUGAGCCAAGGCACCUGUGCCGUCAGACGUUGCCUAGCGUUCGGAGCGAGCUGGAAUGCGUGACCAACAUCACCCUGGCAAAUGUCAUUCGACAGCUGGGCAGCCUGAGUAAAUCUGCAGAAGACAUAUUUGGAGAGUUGUUUACUCAAGCCAACACCUUUGCCUCUCGGGUGAGCGUUCUGGUCGAGAGGGUUGACCGCUUGCAAGUCAAAGUCACUCAGCUGGACCCCAAAGAGGAAGAAGUCUCCCUGCAAGGCAUUAACACCAGGAAGGCCUUUAAAAGCUCCACCACUCAGGACCAGAAACUCUUUGACAGAGAUUCCCUCCCUGUGCCUGUCCUCGAAACCUACAGGGCCUGCAAUACUCCUCCACCUCUCAACAUCCUCUCACCGUACAGGGAUGAUGGCAAAGAGGCGCUUAAAUUCUACACGGAUCCUUCAUAUUUCUUCGACCUCUGGAAAGAGAAAAUGCUUCAGGACACCAAGGAUAUCAUGAAGGAGAAGAGGAAACAUAGGAAAGAGAAAAAGGAGAAUCCGAACCGAGGAAAUGUGAAUCCGCGGAAAAUCAAGACCCGGAAAGAAGAGUGGGAGAAGCUGAAAAUGGGACAAGAAUUUGUCGAGUCAAAGGACAAACACGGUCCUGCUGGGUACCCCUCCAACAUGGUGUAUCAGAACGGCAGCAUCGGCUCCAACGAGAGCAUGGAUGGGAACUGCUACCCGCCACCGCCGCAGACUGACUCCAUUGUGCCACCACCUCCUUCAUUCCCAGAUGACAGCCUGCCUCCACCCCCGGUGGAAUUUAGCUAUCCUGUAGACAACCAAAGAGGUUCUGGUUCUGGAGGGACCAAACGGUCCAGCCUGGUCAGCCCGAGCCACCCACCACCAGCUCCUCCGAUCGGAUCCCCCUCGGCAGCCAGGCCGGGCUUUGCUCCCCCUCCGGCUCCUCCUCCACCACCACCACUGAUGGGAAACCCCCCCCCUCCACCACCUGCCAUGGGCUUCCCCUCCCCAGGAACCCCACCACCACCCUCACCUCCUUCUUUCCCCCCUCACCCCGAGUUUGCUGCCCCUCCACCCCCCCCACCCCCUCCGGCAGUCGACUAUUCCAGUGUGCUCCCACCUCCGCUGCCUCAGCCGGGCACUGGGAGUGCACCACCCCCCCCUCCACCCCCACCACCUCCUGGCCCACCUCCACUGGUUUCUGGGGGCCUGGAUGGCCCCCCACCCCCUCCUCCACCCUCCGACACCUCCGCCUCCAAGCCCAAGUCAUCCUUGCCCGCGGUUAGCGAUGCCAGGAGUGAUCUGCUUUCGGCUAUUCGGCAAGGCUUCCAGCUGCGCAAGGUGGAGGAGCAGAGGGAGCAGGAGAAGCGGGACGUUGUAGGGAAUGACGUGGCAACGAUCCUGUCGCGCCGCAUCGCUGUGGAAUACAGCGACUCCGAGGACGACUCCUCCGAGUUCGACGAGGACGAGUGGUCGGAUUAGGCACGGUCCCAUCCCCUUCUCCCCCUCCCUCCUGGGUUCACUUCUUACAGAAUCAGGUGGCCAAACCUUCCACCACAUCCUUGUUCGUCCCGUAACCAAAGAUGUGCCAAGGGUUUUCAGACAACCAGCAGCAUAUCUCCCCUCUCCCUUCCCCCUCCGGCUUUGGCAGGACUUUGUGCUCUGCCUUUCCAAAAGGUCUCCUCACGGACACUGAGGAUGCGGCGUUGGGAUUUAGCUGGAGGGGGUGUAACGGUUGCUUAUUUAAAAGAGAGCUAAACCUCCAGAUUCUCGAUGCCACCAGGCAGAGCACAUAUAAACCCUCCAUCCUGAGGGAUUUUUAAAGUAAAGAUGGAUGAUCCUGUUGCGGCCGCGUGGCCUUUUGGAUGAAGGACAUUUUCAGCUGGUUUUCUCAGUGCAACAGCAGACAGUUGAUCUGAUGGCUCUUCCUUUCCAGUGAAUACUGGUAGUGCUGCAAGAAAAUGGGCUUUAAAUGUCAGUUCUCUGCUGCAUCCCACUGUCAAAUAAUCAGGUUUUUGGCACUAGUGCACAAUUCCUUCCCCUCUGACCCCUGAGUAUUAAUUCCAGACCACCCUGCAUGGGGUGUGCUUCCUGACUCCAGGGCCGUGGAGUGCCUUGGGUGCAAUGUAAGGAGGGACUUGUUUUAUUUUAAAAGCUGCCUUUACCUUCCUCAGAUCUCCUGGACUGCUUUGCCAAGAGGAGACUUGCACAGAGGGAUGUAAAACCAGGGCAGGAUGGUUGCUCAGCUUCCCACUUCUGGGAAAGCAGAGCCACUGCCCCACUGAGACACAUCUGUGGUCGGCUCCGAGCGGGGGCCAGACCCCGCUGGGCUGAUUUCUCCAAUUCAUGCUGAGACUGUGUUUAAAAAUUCCAAAUCCAGUGCCUAGAGCAGGGAGAUGGGGUGGGGAGGGGUUCUCUGAACACCAGGCACUGUGGUGGUCUUUGGCCUGGCCAGAGCAGUUUGAGAGGUGCUUUUUUUAGUGGGAUGACCAUACUUUUAACACAGGGGCUUCAAUGCUGGUAUUACCUUUGCUUCUUCUCCCUUCCACUUAGGGAGGGGAGUUUGUGUGCCUAAAAACAUCAUGUGUGUGGACUGAGUUGCCCGUCAGUUACAUCAGACCUAACCUACCCGAAUUUUGCUACUAUAAUUCAUUAGUUAAUUUUAAGAGAACGUUUCUUCUCCUCACUAACCCUGCGAAUUAAUUCCCAGGCUGCUCACUACAGAUCCAGUACUGGCAGGGGAAAAUGGGGAAUUUGAACUAGCUGACCUCGGUUUUAUUGCUGUUUUAUGUUACCGUACAUAGAAUAUGAGCAUAUCUUAGAAAUCUAACCCAAAUACCCUCGGUGUGUAUUUUAAUUUGGACAUGACUCGGUCAGGGUCAUGCAAAAAGCAAUUCCAAAGCCUUUUGGAGGUUAUGGGUCCAGCUGUUGUGGGGUGUGUGUCCCACUAAGACCAGCUCUCCCACCUUUUUGCCUUUCCUAAAGUAUUUCACCAGCCUGUGCCUGUUCUCUCUUCCCUGGUUCUCCUCUUUUAAUGAUGUUGCUGAUACCUGGAACACCAGGCCCUGCCCGAGGCUUCCAGCGUGCUUGGGGUUUGAUUGAUGGCUUCAGCUUGUGCCAUCGAGUUCUUACUGAUUUCUUGUGUGUGUGCCUGUGCAUUUUAAUCCUGGCCAGAGCAGACAAUGGCCUGGAGAGUGGGAUUCAGGGUGUGGAUCGAGCUGGGAUCCAGUGAGACCCCCCGAGAUUCCCUGGAUCGCUGCACCGUCAGGUUUUGUCUGCAGCUCAGCUGCCAGGCAGGAUGCAGAGGGCGUAGGCAGCGAGGCAUCCCGAUGGGCUGGGAACAUCUGAGCAGCACUAGUUCCAGGUUCUGGAAGAGGGAACAAACCCCUGGAGUGCCAGUGAGCCGUGGUGCAGUGGAGAGGCUUGGAAAUGCAAAGGGAUGAUUGCUGCAAGCUGAGUGGGGGGGUGAGAGGGUCGCUGCCUCUUGUUCUGCUGAUGCUCUUCCUGGGAGCAUCCUCCUCCGGGUUCCUGGGAAAAACAGACCCCUGUGCUCACCCCGGCUGACAGCAGUGUCACACAGGGGAGGAGGAGCUCACAAAUGCCAAACCUGGGUUAAUUUUAAAUUGCCUUAACUAGACUUGGCCCCUGCUGGGGAAGGGGAGCGAGUCCUCCUGUCGCCUGAAAUACAGAACAGUGCCAUAUUCCCUGUGCCCCGGGUGGAUGGUCUGUCGGGCUGGGCCGUGCCUUGGGGUGCCCCCCACACUCUGCCUGUUGCACAAGGAUGUUGCUGUGUGGGCGUCAGGGCUCAGCCCUGGGUGGAGGCGGCUCCUCUGGCCCUCCUGGCAGCGGGAAGGACGCUGCCUUGUCCCUGCAAGCCUGCUGCAACCACCCUCUGCUCCCAAAUCCCAUGCCAGGGUGGGAAUCAAAACUGCAGGGUCAGGGUUGCAGGAACAGGUAGGGAAGGUUGGUUGGUUCGGGGUUUUUUUAAAUCUCCUUUGAUUCCUGCUUUUCUUUUAAAUGUCUGGUUGCCAAGCGGGAUGAGCCUGUGUGGGGAUCCCUGAGAAACAGCUGCUGUAAAGGGACCAUCUCUGAGUAUCGUUGCAAAAUCACAGAGUGCUGGGCCACCAAGUAAGCUCAGUAUUUUUUGAAGCAGUAGGGGAGGAGGAGAGGUGCCAAAAACAACCUUUGCAAGACAGAGCAGCUGUGCUGUAACUGCAGGGCCGAGGGCACUGCCAUCGCUGUCGUCAUGUCGUGCUCACUUACUCCUUCCUCCCCUCUUCCCAGGCGAGGCUGGGGCGAACCUCAGACCAUCUCACAGAGCCCAGAGCCCGUCCUCCCCACGAGGAUCCCCCCCCCUACCCCCGCUUUCCAUUUCAUCCCGCUGGAAGCCGGAGCAGCCAUUUCGCCCAUCCUGGGAGCCGUUUUGCUCCGGGUGUGCAAGUUGGGGCAGGUCACCACCGCCUUCCCUUCCCUGGUUAAACAUUCUCCCGGUGUCCUCGCCCGCAGUGCUUGGCUGCUGCUCCCGGCAGCCUCUCCCCCGCCGCCCCCCUUCCCUCUCGCUGGGAAAGCCUCAUCCCGGCUCCCCGGGCUCAGCCCGGAGCCUCCGCCGCAGUCGGUGACCUUCACUGCUUCUCCUCUCCUUAUCAGACCCAGAGCACCAGACCAGAUCCAGGGAAGGGGCUCCCGGAGCUCCCAGAUGGCUGAGGAAUCGUGCAGAGUGGCGUUUCGGGGAAAGGAUAGAUUGGGGGUUAUGUAGAGAUUUUCUUUUUUUUUUUUUUUUUUUUUUUUUUUUUUUUUUUUUUCAGUCCACGAACUUAUUUAACAUGUUUCUUUUGGAAGUCACUGCCCUGGAGGGGCUCUGGGGGGGAGCUGCCUGGCAGGGCAGAUGCAGCUGCCCCGGGUCAGGUUUCACUGCUGUUGGAUUUCGGGGAGGGGAGGGGGGGUGCUUUCUUCUCUUCCUUUUUAAACAAAGCCUUGAAGUGGGAAGUGGAUCCUAUGUUUUUAUUACUGUAUUAACAUACAUUUUAAUUCAUUUCAGAAACUAACCCAUUUUUCUUCCUGAUUAGAAUGUCAUAGAAUUAGACGAGCUGUAACCCCUCCUGAAGUGCCUUAUUUUCCUACAUGAUAUAAAUAUAUUUAUAAGAGUAAUUAUUCCACUUGUGUCUUAGGGGUUUAUUGCUGAGCAGAAGAUGAGGUGGGAGAGGAGGGAGGGGAAGUGCCCUCCUUGGACCCGGCCGGGCUGGGGGGGGUUGGAAAGGCAACAUUUGACAGAUACUCUCAGGGUGCAGGGGCUUCCUCACUUCAGACCAAAGGAGUUUCAGCAGUGAAACUCUGCUUAGAAAGAAGAAAAAAAGAUUUU